AUGAACGUUUUCGCUUUCGGCUCAAAUGGCUCUGGCCAGCUAGCCCUCGGUCACACUGAAGAUGUUUCCACACCAACACAAUGCCUCUUCGAUGAAGCCCCAGCCACAAACGAUAAUAUCGUCCACAUCGCCGCCGGUGGAAACCACACUCUCCUACUGACAGAGCGCGGGUGUGUGUAUGCAGCAGGCUGCAACACAGAUGCUCGAUGUGGUCCCCGUAUAUCUGAUUUAACAGAAGAGAAUCUGCUCAGCUUCAGACGGGUCAUUCUGACUGAUGCUGCAACGAGAUCGCGCGUCGAUACCUUCAAGUGUGUAUCUGCGACGUGGGAAGGGAGUAUAUUAGUGGCCAGCGUGCGGAAACUGGGUGAUUUAGGUGGAAACGAGGAUAAGGUGUUUAUUAUGGGGUCGAGUCCAAAGGGCGAGUUGGGAUUGCAGUUGCAGGCUAUCUCUACUCCCGGUGGCAAUAUGGUCCAGCCUGGAAUGACGGUUCCGGACUUUCCGCCGCAAGGUAUAAACAUAAUUGCGCUGGCUAGUGGAAUGGGUCAUACGCUCGCUGUCCUGUCAAAUGGUGACGUCUACGGCUGGGGCGGUUCGAGGAAGGGGCAAUUAGGCGAGUCGCUCAAGGAACAAAAGAUUGUCUGGACUCCGGCGAAGCUCGAGGGAAUUCCUUUCGUAGCACGGAGUGCGGUGUGUGGACGUGAGUUUAGUGUAGUGUGUGGAGAUCGUCGAAGAGGCGAGUUUGUUAUCCUCGGAGACAAGGGCAAUCGAUGGGGUGUCUUGGAUGUCCCAACAUGUCUACGGGAUACGAGUUUGGGUGGAGAUGAAAGGAUAAAGGGAUUCUUGGAUAUUGGAGCAAGCUGGCAUGGUGUUUAUAUACAUGCUGUCUCUCAAAACUCCUCUGCUGAGCCCACUUCUGCCCCUAUUGCCUGGGGUCGCAAUGACCGUGGCCAACUCCCACCUGACAAUUUGCCAUCGCCAGUCAAAAUGGCAAUUGGAAGCGAGCAUGCGCUAGUGCUGAUGCGUGAUGGUGCGGUAGCCGCCUUCGGAUGGGGUGAGCAUGGAAAUUGCGGGCCUGAUACUGAUGAGCGCGGGAAUGUCGCUGGGCGGUACAGUUUGAUCCCACUGGACGCUGUGCUGGCUGACGGCGGGCGAGUUAUAGGCCUCGGCGCUGGGUGUGCGACAAGUUGGAUUGUUUCAGAGUGA